AUGAGUGUUUUGGCAACAUUUCGUGGCAACCUUAGUUCCUUGUUGAUACCACAGUGCAGCUCUUGUUCUUGUGAUUAUCGUCCACGCCCAAUUUUAGCUUCUUCUUCUUCGUCUUCGUCUUCUGUUAUUUCUCGGCCAAAACGAUGUCGUCGAAGAGAUUUCAAGUUGUAUCAGGUUUCAGAGUUUUGUGAGAAGAGAGAAAUUAUUGUGUGUAGAGCAGCAGAGACAGAGAUUGAACCAGACAAUAGCAAUAAUGAGAAUAAGGAAAAAGAAGUACGUGAAGAAGGAGAGGAGCAACCUACCUCAGAUUCCCUUGGCAAAACUGACAACCAGCCUGAUUCUCAACCUACAGUUCUAAAUCAAAUAAACGGUGGGGAAAUGAAGACUGGAGGUGGCACCCAGGAAGCUGAUGAUGUAGAAGUUGUCAGUGGGUCCCCUCUGCCAGGUGUGAAGCCCCAGCAACUGGAUGAAUCAAUCAGGAUUCCAAAAGCAACAAUUGAUAUUCUCAGGGACCAAGUGUUUGGCUUUGAUACAUUUUUUGUAACAAGCCAGGAGCCAUAUGAGGGUGGAAUCUUGUUUAAAGGAAACCUGCGAGGUCAGGCAGCUAAAAGCUACGAAAAAUUAACGAACAGGCUGCAGAAUAAACUUGGGGAUCGGUAUAAGCUUUUCCUCCUAAUUAAUCCCGAGGAUGAUAAACCAGUGGCAGUUGUGGUUCCAAGAGAGACCCUGCAGCCAGAAACUGCAGCUGUCCCAGAGUGGUUUGCAGCCGGAGCUUUUGGACUGGUUACAGUUUUUACGUUACUUCUCCGGAAUGUGCCUGCAUUACAAUCGAACUUAUUAUCGACUUUUGACAAUCUUCAACUAUUGAAGGAUGGGCUACCUGGGGCCCUUGUGACUGCACUUAUUCUGGGGGCACAUGAAUUGAGCCACAUACUGGUUGCAAAAAGCAACGAAGUUAAGCUUGGGGUGCCAUACUUUGUUCCAAGUUGGCAGAUAGGCUCUUUUGGUGCUAUCACAAGAAUAACAAGCAUUGUGCCGAAACGUGAAGUUCUUCUGAAAGUUGCAGCAGCAGGACCUUUAGCUGGGUUUUCCUUGGGUCUUGUUCUUUUCCUUUUGGGCUUCGUCUUACCACCUAGUGAUGGUAUUGGUCUUGUUGUUGAUGCUUCUGUAUUUCACGAGUCAUUUCUUGUUGGGGGUAUUGCUAAACUUCUUUUGGGUGAUGUACUCAAGGAAGGCACUCCCAUAUCUGUUAAUCCACUGGUGAUAUGGGCGUGGGCUGGACUUCUUAUUAAUGCCAUCAACAGCAUCCCUGCUGGAGAACUUGAUGGUGGACGAAUUUCUUUUGCUAUUUGGGGAAGGAAGGCUUCAGCUCGCUUCACUGGUUUCUCCAUUGUCCUGCUUGGGCUAGCCUCUCUAUUUAACGAUGUGGCUUUCUACUGGGUAGUUUUAAUAUUCUUCUUACAAAGGGGGCCAAUUGCUCCGGUUUCCGAGGAGAUCAGUGAUCCUGAGGAUAAGUAUGUUGUCCUUGGAAUCUUAGUUUUGCUCUUAGGAUUGCUGAAUGUCAGGUCAUUUCAGCCUGUGACAAACCAGAAACGUUUUAUAUGCUAUAACGCAAAGCAAGAGAGCCUAGCGAAUAAGCAGACGAGGACUCUACUACCCAACAACAGUUGCUACUGGAAAAGAAAAUUGGACUCAGAGUGGAACGGGGUGGAAGAGUUUAGUAAAAAUGCUCUAGAGAGGAGGGUUAAGUAA